GAGAGAGGGAGAGAGAGAGAGAGAGAGAGAGCUGCCAUGGCUCCUUGGAAUCGCAAGAACAAGAAAGAGCAGGCGUUGAAGCCCGCCACAGACAGCGCCCCGACGAUCUCCUUGGAGGGGUCGGUGGGUGAGCCACGUCUGACUGCGCACGCUGCCCUGUCUGCUGUGAGUGUCGGCGACACGGUAUCCAGACUGGAUGAGGCUCGUCUGAAGGCGAAACGCGACGCAGAGUUCGGACCGCUCAACCACCCGUCGCAUCUCUACGUGAGCCAGCACCCUGGCGGCGGCAUCCCAGACCCGAUCAUCGACGAACCGCCGUACUUCUUCCUCCUGACGACGUACAUCAGCUUUCUGAUCCUGAUCGGCCUGGGGCACUUUCGCGACUUUUGCGCCCGGUGGUUUACCGCCCACUCGAACCGCCACCUACGACACCAUGACGGGUACGCUCCCAUCUACAGCGACUUUGACAGCUUCUACACGCGUCGUCUGAAGCUGCGGAUCAAUGACUGUUUCGACCGGCCCAUUACGGGCGUGCCCGGGCGGACGGUGACGCUGCUCGACCGGAGCACCAGGGACAACCUGCACUUCCAGCUUACGGGCACCACGACGGACACGUUGAAUCUGAGCUCGUACAACUACCUGGGGUUUGCUCAAUCGGAGGGGCCAUGUUCAGACAGCUCGGAGGAGUGGAUUCGGCAGACAGGCAUCACCGUGGGGGGGCCCUGCGGCGAGGCGGCGACCGCACAGCUGCACGUCGAGGUUGAAAAGCAGGUUGCGCGCUUUGUCGGCAAGGAAGACGCCAUUAUCUUCUCGAUGGGGUUUGUCACCAACGCCAGCAUGUUCCCUGCCAUAGUCGAGAAGGGCUGCUUGAUCCUCUCGGAUGAGUUCAACCAUGCCUCUAUUCGGUUCGGAGCCCGCCUUUCCGGCGCGAGCAUCCAAGCCUUUGCACACAACAACAUGACCGACCUGGAAAACCGGCUUCGCGAAGCCAUCUCGCAGGGACAGCCCCGCACCCAUCGGCCGUGGAAGAAAAUCCUGGUGACCGUGGAGGGUCUGUACUCGAUGGAAGGGACGAUGGUCAACCUGCCCCGGAUCCUGGAGUUGAAGAAGCGCUACAAGUUCUAUCUGUACGUUGACGAGGCGCACUCGAUCGGCGCGGUCGGUCCGCGCGGUCGUGGGGUGUGUGAUUUCUUCAAGGUCGACCCGGCCGAGGUGGACAUCCUGAUGGGUACCUUCACCAAGUCGUUUGGGGCCAACGGCGGGUACGUCGCAGCCAGCAAGGAGAUCAUCAACAAACUGCGCUGCACAAACUCGGGCCAGAGCCUGGCAGAGGCGCCCUCCCCGCCCGUACUGGCGCAGAUCCUCAGCUCGCUGCGCCUGAUCGCGGACGAGGACCCGCUGCACCCCGGCGAGGGCCAGGAACGGCUGCAGCGACUGGCGUUCAACUCGCGGUACCUCCGUCUCGGGCUGAAACGGCUCGGGUUCAUCGUGUACGGACACGACGACUCGCCCAUCAUCCCGCUCAUGCUGUACAACCCGGCCAAGAUGCCGGCCUUUUCGCACGAGAUGCUGCGCCGCAAGAUCUCCGUCGUGGUCGUGACCUACCCGGCAACGCCGCUGGAGCUGUCGCGCGCGCGGCUCUGCAUCUCGGCCGCACACAACAAGGACGACCUGGACCGCCUGCUGCGGGCGUGCGACGAGGUCGGCGAGGCGCUGAACCUCAAGUUUUCUUCCGGCGUGGCCGGCGGCCUGCCGGAGCGCCCUGUCCCGGGCACGGAGUCGAGCAUCAUCAAGCCGCCUCGCUGGCAGUACGCGGACGUCAUUGCCCGAACCGCCCACGACGCCAAGUUGCCCAUGUACUAACGAGUGUCAGAGAUCUGGAGAUAGCCUAAUGUUUAAUCAAU